AUGUGUGACAGUGAAGUCGUCUCCCAGCAAAUUUCUCUCUUUCGCUCCCUGAUACAAACCAGAAGAUUUGACGACGGAACUCUACGCAUUCUGGAGUCGGUUUUGAUCAGCAGAGACGUGAAGUUGAUGCUAGAUGUUCGGCGGAUCCUGAGAGACUUCAUGAGACAUGAAUCUCUAUGUGUUCUUAGCGAAUUUAAGGAGAAAUCUGUUGAUCACAAUCUUCUGAUCAUAGAUUUUUUCGUUCACGCUUUCACAUUUAUCGGCGAUCUAGAGAGUUGCUUGUCUCUGAGAUAUGAGGCACUGAUUCUACGAGAACUGAAGUCAGCUACAGAUCAUCAGCUACAUGUUUCAUAUGGUGAAUGGUUCACUUUUGCUGAGCAUGCCUUUGAGAACCGGUUUUAUGCCAUUGCUAGAAAGGCAUGUGAGAAAGCACUUGCUUGCUUUCAAACAAAUGAAGUGCUUAAAACAAAAGAGACAGAUGCAUUAUCUGACAUGGAAGCAAUUAUAAAAGUCAAGCGAUUGAAGGACCUUGCUAUGAUCAGAGCUGCUUCACAAUCUGUUCAGGCACAAGGAGUAGAGUACUUGAAAAGGAAAACAGCUGAAUGUGACAACAUUUCCAUGCCUGUAAUCAAAGAAAAGCGGCAUUCAGCCAGCAUUCUGUUCAGGAAUGGAAUUAAGAAGCAUAACACACGAAAACUGCAACAACUUCGAAGACUAUAG